ACUAUAACUCUCUCUGUUUGCCUAAUCCUCUAUCCUCAACUCCUCAUCUCAUCUGUGAUUCCCUUCAAGAUCAAGAUCUCACCGUGUCAUCACUACCCAUUGCGUUGUGCAACCAUUGCAAUGCUUCUGUUUGCUCAAUCCUUUGUCCGCAAGUCCUCAUUUCAUUUGUGAUUCCCUUCAAGAUCAAGAUCUCACUAUGUUGUCACUACCCAUUGUGCUGUGCAACCACUACAAUGCUCACUGCUCACUACUCACCUUCAACACCAAGGCUAGGUCACCGCUCACCUUUAGCCUAGGUCGUCCUUCUUCCUCUGCAACUCUGCCUUCGAUUCUCAAGCUUUCCAACUCCAACCUCAAGAUGCAAGGGGGAGGGAGUGCCCACCUCCAUGGUGAUCCGUUGCCAACCCUAGCAACGGGGGCAACGCAAGCUGACAAAAAAGGGCAUAGAGAAGCAAGUUUGUUGAGAUACAAGGAGAAGAGGCAAAACAGGCUCUUUGCUAAACGGGUUCGGUAUGAAGUUAGAAAGCUCAAUGCUGAGAAGCGCCCUCGGUUGAAGGGUCGAUUUGUGAAGAGAGAUUGAGAGGUCACUUCUUGACAUGAUCUCCGGCAGGAUUGAAGAUUUGAUGGCCCUAAGACUGUUCUAAAUGAGCAAUGUUCUCUGUUUUUUUUUUUCCCCCUUCUUUUGCUUCUUAACCUUCCAUUGGAUGCUUCCCAUGGCAUGGACAUAAAUUAAGCCAAAGGAUGAAAGGUCACUUCUUGACAUGAUCUCCGGCAGGAUUGAAGAUUUGAUGGCCCUAAGACUGUUCUAAAUGAGCAAUGUUCUCUGUUUUUUUUUUCCCCCUUCUUUUGCUUCUUAACCUUCCAUUGGAUGCUUCCCAUGGCAUGGACAUAAAUUAAGCCAAAGGAUGAAAUUAGACCAAAAAAAAAGAAGAGGGGUAAAAGGAAAGUGGAAAAAGAAAAAGGAAAAAAAAAAAAAAAAAGACAGAGGAAAAUCCUUCAAGAAAAAGAGCAUCAAUGAAGUGCAGAGUAAUGUCAAAAUUAAAUAAAGUGCAAUAGAUGAAUAUAUUUUGUAAAGACAGUAGCAUUUCAUUUAUAUUUAUUUUUUGGCCAUGUAGCAUUUCAAUAAUGGCUUAAGUUUUCU